CCGAAGAUGAUGGUGUCCCACUGAAGACCUGAGGAACAUCCUUCCAGACUCCGGAGGGUCGCAUGCUGGCGCAGAGACCACGGCUCCAGUAUAUAAAUCAGGCAAAUUCCCCAUUUGAGCAUGAACCUUUGAAAACGGCCGGCAUCUAAGGUCUCCUCCAAGGCCCCUGGAGUCCAGCCCAUAAUGAAGGUCUUGGCCGCAGGAGUCAUACCCCUGCUGCUGGUUCUGCACUGGAAACACGGGGCAGGGAGCCCCCUUCCCAUCACUCCUGUCAAUGCCACCUGUGCCACACGCCACCCAUGUCACAGCAACCUCAUGAGUCAGAUCAGGAACCAACUGUUGCAGCUCAAUGGCAGUGCCAAUGCCCUCUUUAUUCUCUAUUACACAGCCCAGGGGGAGCCAUUUCCCAACAACUUGGACAAGUUGUGUGCCCCCAACGUGACGGACUUCCCACCCUUCCAUGCCAAUGGCACCGAGAAGGCCAAGCUGGUGGAGCUGUACCGCAUCAUUGCAUACCUUGGCACUUCCCUGGGCAACAUCACCCGGGACCAGAAGCUCCUGAACCCCAAUGCCCUCAGUCUCCAUAGCAAGCUCAAUGCUACUGCAGACAUCAUGAGGGGCCUCCUCAGCAAUGUGCUAUGUCGCCUGUGCAGCAAGUACCACGUGGCCCAUGUGGACGUGACCUAUGGCCCUGACACCUCGGGGAAGGAUGUCUUCCAGAAGAAGAAGCUUGGCUGUCAGCUCCUGGGGAAGUAUAAGCAGGUUAUCGGAGUGGUGGCCCAGGCCUUCUAGAAAGGAGAUUUUGAAGUGUGCCAUGAACUGUGGGGGUCUCAGGAGCAGAAUCCAGUUGUGGGGACUCUCCAAGUGUGGCUGAGACCUAGGGCAUCAUUAAACCCAAAUAGUGGGCUGCUGGCAGCCCAGUUGGGUGUGCUCUGAUGGGGCAGCACAGAGUUAAAACUUUCAUAGGCAGCCUCUAUUCAAAGCCCACCAGAAGGACAUGCCCCUUCCUCUGGGAGAUGGUAACCAGGACUGGGGAAGUAUGGGCAAGAUUUCUGCCCUCAUUUGUCCCCUCUGCCCCUUGCUCGCAUUAUGCAGUGAGCAAACUGCAUGAGUUUUCUGACCAGAAGGAGCUGGGGGAGUUGUUCGGUUCCCUGGUGGAAUGACCACUGUCUGUGCCUUUGUGGUCCCUUUGGUAGGCUUUGAAAGGCUUGGUUGGGACUCAGGUGGGCCAGAGGGACUGGGAUCUAAAAGGACUCCUUGCACCCUAGAAGUAGAUGGAAGAUAGAGAAGGGGCUCUUGGGUGGGAUGCUGUCUUCUCUUGAGGAUGGUUGGAGAUCUCAGGCGUACAUAUUGUUAGGUGGAAGGUUCCAGAAGGUUGCUGGUAUUCCGUGUCUUAGGAUGACAGUGAGGCCAACAUCAGGCCCAGGAAGGAAGAGGUUGGAAGGAGGAGAGGCCCCAGAAGCCUUGAUGGCUUUUCUUUUCUCCUCUGCAUUCUUUUCCUACUGUCUGGUGUGACCAGGAUUUGGGGGCUCGACCUGAAGGUGGCGUGUGUGGAGGUGGGCAGGGGCAGGGGCAGGUUGUGAAGUUAGGUGAGGAGGUUCAGAGGCAAUCCAGAAUCUUCCUUCUGGAGAAGAGUCCAUAAGGGAGGGGACAGGUAGCUCAGAGUAGCAGCUCACAUCUGAGGUCCUUAGGGGCCAUGUGAGGUCACACAAAGGUACUUGAGGGGGACCAGAGGCCAACUCAGGUCCCUAUAGCAAGGGCAGCAGACUUGAGGUCAGGGUCUCAGGGAUGCCUGAGAUCCAAGAGUGCUGUGUGUCUGACCCAGCUUGAUUACCUAUUUAUUAUGAUAUCCUAUUUAUGUUAACUUAUUGGUGCUUUAAAUGGCAAAGUCAAUUCCCUUUCCUUGCUCCUUACCCAGCAGAAAUAACACAGUGGAUCCUUACACAGGAGCCAGGGCUAGGCUUCACUUAGCGGAGCCGGGUCUGGAAACUGAUGGUGUUACAAGUGGAAUAAGCCUUACGGGUGAAGCUCAGAGGAGGAUCAGGAUCUGAGAGAACUGGCCAGCUCUCCUGCCCCACUCUGACUCCCUUUGGGGGUGGGUGUCAGGGUCCAGGCGGCAGAGCCUGGGCCAGUUUGUGGAGUGGCCUGGUGCUUUUUCUUUUCUUGGCUUCGGGGGCUUCUGCAUAUUGUGCUCUGGCGCCCCCUGGAAUCAUGCUGCAAGGGGUACCGUUCAUGGUCUACCCUGAGGUAGUAGACAUGGCAGCCCUGUUUCAUGACCUGUUACUGAUUCUUUGUCCUCAUCAAUGAGCAGUUGAGGGAACCUGGAGCAAUCCUGACCCAGCAUGCAGCAUGCUCCCACACAGUGGGGAAACUCCUCUGGUGGCCUGAACACCCACAGAGGGCGCACAGAGGAAGCCAGGGCAGUGUGGGGAUUGCUCAGCUGCCCUGUGCUCCAGAGACAGGGAAAGCCAGGCCCAAGACGCCUGGGAUGCAGACCAGGAAGCUGUGGUCCCUGGUACCCCGCCUCCCUCCCACUCCCACCCAUGUCUGGGCUCCCAGGCAGGGAACCCGAUCUGAUCUCUUCCUUUGUGCUGGGGCCAGGCAAGCUGAGAAACGCCCUCCGGUCUGGGAGUAGGGGAGAGAGAGAGGCAGCCAAGCUGGGCAGCUGUUGAGAGCAGCCUUCUGGCUGCUUCUCAAACCCCUCGCGGCAGUGAUCCUAGCAGUUCAGCCACAGGAUUACGGUACUGAUGAUGGUAUUUCACAUCACUUUGCACCUUUCUCUGUUGUUCUCUAAGCACUUUACCCGGAUGGCAAGUGGGCAGACAGCAGGCAGGCCCUGAAACCUGGGGUGGGGAAGCUAGGAGUCAUCUAUCCCAAUGGCUAGGCUAAGAUGUGGCGGUGUGUGGCCGAGGACGCCACAGCAGCUGCAUCUUUUUCUAUCUGUUUGAAUGUGGGUCACACCCUUGUCCAGGAUCGCAGCCUGCUACCCUCCUAUCUGUCUGCUCCAUCGGACUCAGGACUGGCUGCAUUUCUCCAAGGUUAGCUGUAAGAAAGACAACUUGUCUGAAAGCCAGAAUGGAUGAUUCUGUAGCCCAGAGCCUGGGGCUGGCUGGAUCUUGCCAUCAUCUCGUUUCCCUGUGGACACGGAUUCCCUGGGCUGGGCCCACCUGGCAGCCUCUGAGGGCUCAGGAACCAAGAUAUUCUCCUCCUCCCUGCCUGCACAGCCCUUGGCUCCAUGACGCUCUGCCCCGCCUGGACUCUGCCCUAAAGGACUGAUUCUCAACGCUCUUUCUAGAUUCAACUCCAGCAGGUUGGCGCCCACUUUGCACAGCAGCACUGAAUUUUGGAGAUUUUCUGUGAAAAAGCUUUGGGGACAGGAAAUUGUGCAUUUUGGCAUUUUUCAUCUGUGGGUGUUGACCACCAACUGGCAUGAUGGGCUGGGUGCCCGGGCCAGAGGAGGAGAGAUGGGUCAUCUGUAGAGGACAGGGUAGGAGAGUCAUUUUGCAUUUUAUUAAGAGAGAUGUAUUGGAAACCUUAUUUAUUAUUUAAAGAUUUAAACCAAGACAGCACUGCUAGUUUACUUGUCUCUUCUCCUUAUCCUCCUCAUCUUCCUCCUUGACUGAAGCAGUCCAGCUCUGCUUUGCUGGCUCUCCAGAGCAGACACAGCAUAUGGGAUUGGAGCCCUAGAAUCCAGCAUGGUAGCAGUCAGGUAGCAAUUGUCUUCCAACGGUACAGAUGUUCCUAUGUUAAAAUAAUCUCUAACCCCCCACCCCGCCCCAAUCCUGGUACCUGGGCUUCAUCUCUCAUCCGCAUUGCUAGCUCAGUAGGCCCCAUGGGGCCUCAGAUGUUUCCCUCCUUCCUUUCCAUUGGAAAGGACUUGGCCUUGGGCAACAAAUUCCUCUUUGAUGAAUGUACCCUGUGGGAAUGUUUCAUACUGACAGAUUAUUUUUAUUUAUUCAAUGUCAUAUUUAAAAUAUUUAUUUUUUAUACUGAAGGAAUACUUUUUUUUUUUUUUAAGAA